AUAAAAAGGACGAAAAAGUGCCCCAAAAUCAUCAUUCCAUUCAUCAUUGGAUCUUGUACCAGUUACAAGUCUACUAUAGUUUUGAAUUUUGCACUUAACCCAAAAUAGACUAAUAUUUAAAAUGGCUUUUAUCUACAACGAACAGAGCUAUUGCGAGUUCAAUUUUAUUAAUAGGAAUAACGAUGAUGUUAAGACUUUUAACGAGCAGACAUAUGUUCCCAAUGAGGAGCAAAACAAAGUAACCAUUAAGCAAGAGGUAAAAGAGGAAAGUAGAAAUGAAAAGAGAAUUCCACAGUGUGUUGCAAUCAAAAAAGAAGUUUUACAUGUAGAUCCUCCAGCAAAUAUGGAUGAUGAAUAUGAAGAAAUGUUGCCUGUUGAGGUAAAAGAGGAAAGUAGAAAUGAAAAGAGAACUCGAAAGUGUGUUGCAAUCAAAAAAGAAGUUUUACAUGUAGAUGUAGAUCCUCCAGCAAAUAUGGACGAUGAAUAUGAAGAAAUGUUGCCUGUUGAGGUAAAAGAGGAAAGUAGAAAUAAAAUGAGAACUCGAAAGUGUGUUGCAAUCAAAAAAGAAGUUUUACAUGUAGAUCCUCCAGCAAAUAUGGAUGAUGAAUAUGAAGAAAUGUUGCCUGUUGAGGUAAAAAAGGAAAGUAGAAAUGAAAAGAGAACUCGAAAGUGUGUUGCAAUCAAAAAAGAAGUUUUACAUGUAGAUCCUUCAGUAAAUAUGGAUGAUGAAUACGAAGAAAUGUUGCCUGUUGAGGUAAAAGAGGAAAGUAGAAAUGAAAAGAGAACUCGAAAGUGUGUUUUAGUUACAAAGAAAAAACAAGUUUUACAUGUAGAUGUAGAUCCUCCAGCAAAUACAGAUGAUGAAUAUGAAGAAAUAUUGCCUGUUAAGAAAUUUGAGCAAAGAGAUGAAGAGGAAGACAAAAUUGACGAUGAGGAAAUGACUUUGACUCGUUUCGGUCCUAACGGAAGUGCGAUUCCGACCGAGAAAUUCAACACAAUAAAUUGGAAUUCUCGUAAGAUGGCGACACGCGCGUUGAUGCACGCUCUCUUCACCAGAAAUACUAUGGCAACCCACAGUAUGACUGGAUGCGUCAGCAACGCUCUGCUUGACACCGGAAGGAAACCGAAACGGAAGUUGAACGCUGAAAAGGUUGACGACAUCGUGUACAUCGUUAUGCAAAAAUGUGAUGUUCGGAGGGCCGAUGUGCGCAGAGUUAUAUCACAGAUGUGUUGCGAUGAGAAUAAGCUGGCUAAAAAACGUGGAGAUAUUUGAAGUUGGACACACAAAAAAUUUUACUCAAUUCCAUUUUAUAUUUAUACAUUUUAUAUUGACAAAAAGAAAUCGAA